AUGGUACAAACUGCGGCCAGGUUCCGCGCACAGAUGGAGACGAAGCAGAAGCAAUGGGAGGAGGUGAGAUGGUUUGCAGAUUGGCUUUGGACCUUCUUUGGAGACAACUUAGAUGUUGUCGACGUCCUCCCCAAGAACGGUGAGAUGCAGCAACGGCAGGCCGCCGAAGCCAGCGAGCAGGCCCAGGCAGCAGAGCAGGCUCGGGUUCAUGCCGAGGAACUUGCGCGUUUGCAGCAUGAGUUCGAGGAGCGACAGAAGAAGGCAGAGGAGGCUGCUCAGCACAAGAUUGAGGAGCUGGAGAAGAAGGCCAAGAAGGCUGCAGCCGAGGAGGAGGGCCACCGCCAGCACGAACUGGCCAUGCAGCGAUUGGAGGAGCAGCUCAUGACGGUGAUGCCUUUAGUGAAGGAGGCAAAUCUCAUCAUCCAGGAGCUGCAGCGGCCACACCGCCUCGAGACAAAGAUGCACUGCGAGCUCUCCGCGGAAGGGAAGAGCGGGGCGGUGAACGUCACAGCGGCGGUGAUGCUGAACGGUGUGCGCCUUUUUGAGUGGAACCCUGAGACCCUCGAGAACAGAGUCUUCAUCUUGCGGGAGCUGCUCCAGCGUGCAGAGGACGAAGGUGUCGAGGCUGUGCAGGACUUGCCCAAUGAGGAAGACCCUCUUUGGGACCCGAUAGAGGUCGAGCGACUCAUCGGAGUGGCCCAGGUCCUGCUGGAAGGGGUCCUUCUUCAAGUCGAGAACAAGGUGGACGCAAGGAUCCUGAGCAGCGAGGGCCAAGCUGCCCCAGACCAAGAUGGAGAGAACGCAACUGAAAGCCGCCAGCAGCGCUUCGUGCUGGAAGAAAGGGGCCUUCAACGGGCCUCCAACUCCUGGGACGUGAUGGUUCCAUGGGCAUCCCCGAUGAAGAGGUUGUUGAAGAUCCGGAGGCGGUUCGGGGCCUCACUUGACAAGGAAGGCGCACGGUUUGGUGGCGCAGCCUCGCAGAUCAAGGGGAGGCUUUCCACAUGUCGGGGCCACAAUGUUCCCUUCGUUCCCUUCGUGUGCCGGGUCAAGUCCGCUGACAAGGCACGCCGAGAGCCUGAGAGGUUUGGCAUGCACGUGGUUCCUGUUGAGGUCCUACUGAGCAUGACGGAACUCCAGACACAUGAAGUUUUGCUGGCCGCUGGCUCCCUUGUGGAUUUCGAUCAGAGCAUGGGGCACGCCAUGUUUGUGUCACACCAAUGGGUGGACUCUCAUCAUCCAGACCCUGACCUGGCACAGUUCAGGAUUUUCCAGGAUGCAUUGCGGAACGCAUUGUCAGGAGCGGCCACCAUUUCGAGCAUCAUCAGCAUAGAGCUCAUCACUGGGACACAGACUUCAAUUUCAGCUCAGGAGCUCUCAUGCAGGCCAGUUUUCAUUUGGUACGACUACUUCUCUUGUCCGCAGUCCACCUACGGUGCGGAGAAUCGCCGGCGGGCCAUCAACAGCAUCCCCGAGUACGUGGGCAGAUGCAAGUACUUUGUGAUUCUCUGCCCUCGUGUGCGCAACACAGGCAACCCGGCAGUGGACCAAUUCUUUCUGAGCAGGCAAACUUGGGAAGGACGAGGAUGGUGUCGCUUGGAACGUCUCGCCCGCGAGCUGAGCACACAUUCCGACACCUACUCGAUUGAAAUCCAAGACCCCGCGCGCCUGGCCCUGGCCCCGAACUUUGAUUGGAUUCAGGCUCCGGUGGGCGAAGGUCGCUUUUCUUUCGCGUCCGACCGCCAGCAGGUCGCACGUGUCCUGAGAAGCAUGAUGCGGAGGAAGCUGAACUUCUAUUUGACACAGGGUGAUCUGCACAACUAUCGCUUGCUUCUGAACUUGCAGCGUGCCCAAUACAGGGGCCUCCCCGUCAACCCGAUCGAUGACCUGGUUCCGGGAUUUUCCUCAGACUUGUGCGACCCAGGUGCUUUCACUGUGGCAAACUUCUUGUUCCAGAAUGGAUUCAGGAGCGUGGAUGAGCGGAGUCCCGAGGGAUGGACGCCAAUCUGCUUUGCGGUUCUGGAUGGCAACCCCUUGCUCGUCGCCUCGCUCCUCGAGCAGCGAGCAGAUGUUGAUGAAAGAAUAUCCCAGACGGAGCAGCUGUGCCAUUUUCCCCCACAAAUGCCGAUUUUGCACAUUUGCUCAUUUCUUCGAAACACUGAAACAGCCAAAGUUCUAAUAAGCCAUAGGGCUGAUGUCGCUGCAACAGAUGGCUACGGGUCGGGUGCUCACCACUGGGCUGCGAUAUCGGACAACGUUGAAGGCAUGGAGAUCUUGUUCGCUGCGGGCUCCAAUGCAGCUGCAGUGAACUUCUUUGGCGCCUCUUCUUGUGUACAGGCCGCUUGCGCCGGGGCGCUGGAGUCCACAAGGAUGCUGCUGCCAAAAGCUUCGAGGCAGCAGGUACAGUAUGCCCUACACCUGGUGAUGCUGCAUCGAGGCGGCUCUGCUGAGAUGGUGUCACGACUAAUCGAAGCAGAAGCUGAUGUGAACGAUCAGCUCGCGACUCCAGUCUUCAGCGUGCUGGGUGUGGUUCUCCGCGGCCUCAGCUUGCGGCAUUCCUGGAGGCCUUCGGCCCUGAGCCGCUAUGCUUACCACCACUUCGGCGCCACGCCGCUCAUGUCCAGCGUGCUGACCAGCUCCUUCGAGGUCACUGCUGUGUUAUUGGCGGCGGGCGCGAGCACAAAGGUGAAGAAUGCUCGAGGCCGAACGGCUGCUGAGCUGGCCUUGGAAGCCUCGGCUCCAGAUCGCGUGGUUGCUGCGCUGCGGUCCGAUGGCGACUCGCUCGACCGGUUUAUCAGUGACUUUGCAAGCAUUGCGCACAACCUAGGUUUCAUCUCAGAGAAGCUCUGA